AUGGCUGAGCCAACUCAUUAUAUACCCAGCCACCAACAGCCCCAAGAGUCUUCGCUGGAUCGAAGACCAAAGAGGUUUCUUAAUCCUAUAAUUGAAGAGAAAACUGGAGAUAGCUAUGCCGAAAGCGGUGCUAAGGGAAAGCGAGCUGAUACUUCGCACCUCAACAUCACAGCAUGGCUAUCACCAAUGAGCGACCACUUCCCUACUCCGAGGGGAGUGCACUAUCUCGCUGCCCCGAUCCUUCCAUCGUCGCCGUCGUCGAUGUCGGCCGAUGAGAACUCGCCAACGUCCAUCUCGAAUUCAAACUCAUGGAAUCGAGCAAGCUCGAUUACCGACAGCACCGAGUUCGACGAGCUAUAUGAUCUCUAUGGCGUAUCAGACGAUGAAGCGCAACAGGGGCUGCGUCGUUCGUCAUCGGUACGAAGAUCUCGAGCGACGUCUAUGAUGUUUGAACCCGUGAUCCGACAGCCCACUCCUCUUGUCAUCCCACCGACUAGGGAUGAGAACGAUGAGAUCUGGUCUGCCGUUGAUGAGCUCAAGAAAAUCACGUCUCCGCUUCCGCUGACUCCAUCUGCAAAUCUCCCAAUGUCGCCGGCACAGAAAGACUUUUUUGGCAAGCAGCAGGCUUUGGUAAUUCCCACAAUCUCUGCACCACCUUCUCUCGAUGGAAGCUUGUCUUCAGAGCAACUCGCUACUAUGAGUUCUCCUCCAACUCCUGUGAUUGGCCACGAUGAACCUACUUCGGAAUCGACCUGGACCGGUGUACAUUUACAGCCCGGAGCAUUGGCAACUUUGCAUGCUCUGUCUGGUGGUGAUGAAGAUAGCAAUCUCGAAGAAGAGGAUAAUGAAGCUGCCCAGGCCGAUCAGGUACAGCCUCCUCAGCUUCCAGAGAUGCAGCAAAACUCCCUCCGGCUCGUUACCAAUUUCCUGUCUCAAGCAGCAUCGCGCGCAAACACCCGCUCGCCUAACCUUGCUCGGCAAUCUCUUGCAGGACUUACUAGGCUCAGUAUCCCGUCUCCAGGUGGUUUCUUUUCUGGCCUAUCGCCUCGAAGUAGGAAUACCUGGCAUCCUAGAACCCUUUCGCCAAUCGAGAUAAUCCCGACGACCACAACAGCGGAGCAGUUUUACCGCUGCCCUUGGAAUGCCGCUAGCUCUCCUGUUCCUCCGGUACCUCAGCGAGACGAAGCAGAGGAAUUCUAUCGAAGCGUGAGCUUGACGUCGUCUGCACCGGUUGAGCAUAUUGUGGAAGUUCGAGCCGACCAGAGCAUCGAGGAUGAUAUGCCCACUGCUAGACCCAUCAUCCACAUGCCAACAAAUGAUGAGCCCAGCGAAGCCAUUAAAUCCCCCUCUUCUCCUGAUGUAGAAGCUAUUCCAACUGAAAUCGUCGAAGAUUAUGAUCCUAGCUAUGCUCGAAAACAACAGCUAGAGGCACUGUCAAACCUUGAUCGUACCGAGCUGUGGCUCAUGGCGCAGCGAGUAUAUCUCAAAGGUGUAGACACUGUCGAAGAUAACGGCGCGUUGGAGACAAUUGAAGAGGAUUUGGACGAAGAGGACGAGGACAUGACCAAGUUGGAAAACAAACCCGAAUCUGAACCAGUGCCGAAGCCGGGCCAAAAGGACGCGGCGGCAAAGAAAGUAGUACGAUUUUCUAAUAUCAUUACGACCACGGUGAUAGCGAAGAGCCUUCCGUCAAAGCUGCUUCGCCAGGAAUCUGCGUACUAUAGAGCGUUCCAAGACUACGUGGUCCGAACCCAGCUUAGCGAUAUUUUUGUUUUCCAACUCUCCCGCUUUGAAGCCCUUCAGGCACAGAGAGUGGCACUUCGCUCUGCUCACCACAGCCAACUGCUAGGAAAGUAUCAGCUUAGCGUUCUCCCCCAGUCGGCGAAGAAGCGCCUGAGUGCAAACGUCGUGCGUGGCGAUGACGUCCUGACUGAUGAUCCGGAAACACUACGAAAGGAGAAGGAGGCUGAAGCUAUGAAGCAGAUGGCCAUGGCCACUUGGCAUGUGGCAGCUAUGAAAUUCCUUAAUGGUGGAAAACUCAUUUCUGCCCCUGUCGCCAAGCGACUGGCCAGGCUCUCACGAUUGGGAUCGGGUAAAGAUGGUGUUGGCCGUGAUAGAGCUAGGAUUUUGGACCUUGGCGGUCAAUCUACUUGCGAUUGGGCAUGGCACUGUGCUCUCACCUACCCAAACGCAAAGAUUUACACAGUGACUACCAAGGCAGUUCGUCAACUCUCCAACUCCAAUAUCCGAGGCCCACCAAACCAUCGCCAAGUUGCCGUGGAGCGGCUCACAAAGCUUCCUUUUGCGGACAACCAGUUUGAUCUCAUCUCUGCUCGUGAGCUCCACGGCCUGCUCAAGUUUAUUGGUGAAAACGGCGAGGAUGAGUGGGAAAGCUGUCUUCAGGAAUGCAUGCGAGUUCUAAAACCUGGCGGCUACCUUGAAUUUUCUCUUCUCGACUCUGAUAUCAUGAACGCAGGCCCAUUGGGCCUUGCUAAGAGUGUUGAAUUUGGGUUCACCCUAAAGACCCUUGGCUACGACCCCAACCCAACAAAGCUGUGGUUAGGCCGACUUGCUCGUGCUGGUUUUCGCGAUGCUCGCCGUGCCUGGCUCUGUCUUCCCGUCGGAGCUAAGCCAGUCGUCAAGCCUCCUACUCCUCCCAAAGACAACCUUCCAGGACCAGACGUCAAAGUCUGCCAAAUGGACGCGAUGGUUAUGGGAAGCACAGAUAAUAUUGCCAAUGUUUGCGGCAUUGCUGGUGGUUGGAGCUGGGAGAGGUGGCUUCUCCGAUGCGAGAUGGAGAAAGUCGCGGGCGAAUUGAGACUUGUAGACACUGUCACCGCUAGCCCAGCCAUCAAAGAGGCGAGCAAGUGUCUGGAAGGUUUCCAUGCUGUGAUGGAGGAGGGCCGUAACUGCAGAGCGGGCUUCCGGAUGCUUAACGGGUAUACCAGGAAGCCUCAGGUGACGACGGCUUUAUCAGAAUUUGACAUUGGACUACUGGUAGUAGCCUUUCGUCCCUGGAUGGACAAUUUGAUGCCUCGAGACACUGGGAGACAUCGACAUCCCAGACAUCCAGACUCGAGCGCUAAUCCCGGCACAGGAACGAGAGGCCAAAUGUCGAACCCCAACAAUUGGCAGGAGGAGGCGAUGCGCCGUCUGCGCCAGAUGCAGACGCGGGGCGGGUAUCCCGGAGGACGAGGACCGCAGAUGCCUAGAGGAGCGAAUCCCGCCCUGUUUGGAGGAAUCUUGCUGGCAGGCGGUGCUUGGCUGCUGUCGAACUCGCUGUUCAACGUGGAUGGUGGACACCGAGCGAUCAAAUACCAGAGAUUAACAGGCGUGAGCAAGGAGAUCUACAGCGAAGGAACACACAUCAAUAUCCCAUGGUUCGAGACGCCCAUCAUCUAUGACGUACGAGCAAAGCCGCGGAAUGUUGCCUCGUUGACAGGCACCAAAGACUUGCAGAUGGUCAACAUCACCUGCCGUGUUCUCUCAAGACCGAAUGUCGAAUCUCUGCCUCAGAUCUACAGAACGCUCGGAACCGACUACGACGAGCGAGUGUUGCCCUCGAUUGUGAACGAGGUGCUGAAGAGCGUGGUCGCCCAGUUUAAUGCCAGUCAGCUCAUCACGCAGCGAGAGAUGGUUGCCAGACUGGUAAGGGAGAACUUGUCUCGCCGAGCUGCGCGAUUCAAUAUUCUGCUUGAUGAUGUAUCUUUGACGCAUCUUGCAUUUUCUCCAGAAUUCACAGCCGCUGUUGAAGCCAAGCAGGUUGCGCAACAAGAGGCGCAGCGAGCAGCCUUCGUCGUCGACAAGGCCCGACAGGAGAAGCAAGCCAUGGUAGUCAAGGCACAGGGUGAGGCCCGAUCUGCUGAACUGAUUGGCGACGCUAUCAAGAAGAGCAAGGCCUAUGUGGAAUUAAAGAAGAUUGAGAACGCUAGACUCAUUGCCCAACAGUUGCAAGAAUCUGGAGCGAAGAACAGGCUGCUUUUGGAUGCUGAAGGUCUGGGCCUCAACGUCUUUGAGGAUUCGGAGAAGAAAUGA